ACGCCCAGCGCCCAGCCACGCCCAGCGUCGUCAGACCCAAGUGUUUCUUUUUUACUGUUUUAAGUGAAAUCACGCAACAUAAAAAUAACAGCAACACCAAAAACUGCUUGACCCGAGCGUUUCUUAGAAGACAACUAGAUACGAGCUCUUGACUGCUUCACCAGCUUUCAGGAAACUAACAGGUUCACUAACCCACAGGUGGGAAUUACAUUCAUCUGGCUGACAUAUUUACCCGAGGUGUCUAAAGGGGCCAGCAUGAAGAAACUUCUCGUGGACGUGGACUGUGGUGUGGAUGAUGCUCAGGCUAUCAUGAUGGCUUUGGCAGCGCCUGGUGUGAAGAUCCUGGGCAUCACCUGCGUUCAGGGAAACACCAUAGUAGACAAUGUCUGCAAGAACGUCCUGCGUGUCUUGAAAGUGUGUAAGCGUCUGGAGAUCCCUGUAUUCCGUGGAGCGCCCAAAGCGCUCUUGGAACAGAUCAUCAGUGCUGGAGACUAUUAUGGCAAAGACGGACUCGGAGACGUCCCGGACCCCGACGCUCCUGGUUUGGAUCUGCUCCAGAAAGAGGGCGCCGUGUCAGCCAUGAUCCGAAUAGUCAACGAGAACCCUGGAGAGGUGUCUUUAGUGGCCACUGCUCCGCUGACAAAUGUGGCUUUGGCUGUGAAACUUGACCCCACCUUUCCACAGAAACUCAAAGGCCUUUACAUUAUGGGUGGAAAUACAGACUCUCGUGGGAACAUCACUGUAUGUGGAGAGUACAACUUCGCAGCUGAUCCUGAAGCAGCAUAUAUUGUUCUGAAUGAAUUCACUUGCCCAGUUUACAUUGCCACCUGGGAGUUCACCUUACGGAGUAAACUACCCUGGGAGUUCUGUGACGGCUGGCUGGCUCAGGACACGGAUAAAGCUCGGUUUAUGAAGCUGAUCUUUAAGCACAGCAUGGAGUCCACCUACAGCGAGAGGAUCGAGAAGGAGCUCGUGGACGGGCAGGGAUUCAUCUCCUGCGAUUCUUACGCCAUGGCAGCAGCCGUAGACGAGGCGUAUAUCAUUGAAACCGACCUCAAACCCGUCACCGUCGAGCUGGCGGGGAACUACUGCCGGGGAAUGAUGGUUGUAGAUCACCUCGACAUCCUGAAGAAGACUCACAAAGCCCACAUCCUGAAGAAGGUGGACUUGGAGAGAUUUAAAGAGCUCAUGAUGAAUGCUUUGAAAUAAACCGUCAUCCGUAGCCGUGUCUGGAA